CGAUUUCUACCGCGUCGCAGCGGACCGCGCCCACUGUCCUGAUGUUGGCUACUGUCACCGGUUGUACCGGACAGAAUUCAAGAAAGUCUAUGGCGAGCUGUCCGGAGAGAAAAUGCUGGACGGCCUUCGCUGCCUCGGAGAGCAGUACGACGGAACAUCGGGCGGUCGUGCUGCUCUGGAGGUGGACGACCACAACGUGGUGGUGGCUAUCGUCACGCCGCUGAUGCGCCGAGUCUCGCAGCUGUGGCCUCGAGCCGCAGUAAUGUGGUUCGUCGACUCGUCCGGCAACAUGGACCGUAGCGACAGUCGCCUCUUUCUCCUCCUGACUCACAGCCCGGUCGGCGCUCUCCCCGUGGGGGCCAUCGUCACGUCAUCAGAGUCGACCAGCGUCCUAACGGCAGGGCUCCAGCUGCUGUUGACCCUGAUGGAUGAGCAGAGCUUCGGAGGUCGAGGAGCACGUGGCCCGGUGGUGGCCAUGACGGACGACUGCGCUGCCCUCAGAGCCGCACUGAGGAAUGUUUUCCCCGAGUGUCGGCUACUGCUCUGCUCAUUUCACAUCACCUCCAGGCUGCCUGGCGGUGGCUGUGUGGGAAGCAGAGCGGUGUCGCCGCUGACCAGCGACAGGAGGCGUUGCAACGUGUCCGUGCCCUCCUCCGAGCCACCACUGAGCACGACCUCAGCCAGCGUUGGGACUUGGGAGGAGCUGCUCGCCUUCACACGGAGGAAGAAGCUCGGACACUUCGAAAAGUACAUGGAAGAGCGCUGGAUCCGUCGUUACGAGUGGGCCAUGUGUUUCCGCUCGGACCUGAUGGUCAGAGGGAACCACACCAACAAUCUGACGGAGGCGGCCUUCCGCGUGAUCAAGGACAAGAUCCUGAGGUGGCUCAAGGUCUACAACACCACCCAGCUGGUCGACAUCGUGAUGAUCCGACUCGAAAAUGAGUAUUCGCGCAAAAUCCCGGACGCUGCAAACGGGAGAACGCCGGCCUCGGCACGCAAGCGCUUCUGCCCGUCGGCAGAUGGCAUCGACAAGGCGUUUGUGGAGCAGGUGGGACCGUCCACGUACCAGGUGUCCAGCUUCACCAAGUCCGGUGUCUCGUACACCGUUGACACGGAUCUGGAGCUGUGCACGUGUCGUGUGGGAGCCACUGGAGCGCCGUGCAAGCACCAGGCAGCUGUUCUGCAAAAGGAGCCUGCCAUGGCUGAUGCGGCACUAAACUUCCUGCCCACCCUCAGCGAGAAACAGCGUCACCUGUACUUCCAAAUCGCCACCGGUCUUACAGCACCCGGCGGGUUUUUGGCCUCAAUGAGGCAAGAUCCGUGGGAAUCGAGCAGCACGAGCCAGCCAAGCACUACCCGAAGUGACGCAUCUGGUGAUCAGCAACCUGACCCGGCGAGUGAGGAGAAGGCGGGCACCAACCUGGGCGACGGGACAGCUGACCUGAUCGCUCGGUGCCAGGCUCUGUCGUGA